CGCUGCCUGGGCGUGCGGGGCGCCGGGGCGGCGGGGAAGGCGCCCGGGGACGCUGGGUGUCCGUUCACGCCCGCGGCCGCAGCGCCGCCGCCUCUGCACUGGGUUACAUAGACGCUUCCGUUUCUGCCAUUCCCCACUUUGCUCACUCCUUCAUCUGGAUGGGAAGUUGGGGAAAAUGGACAGGGUCGUGCUGGCGUGGAUUGCUUUUUUCUGGCUAACAGCUGUGGCUGAAGGCCUUCAGGUCACAGUGCCCGACAAGAAGAAGGUGGCCAUGCUCUUCCAGCCCGCUGUGCUUCGCUGCCACUUCUCCACGUCCUCCCAUCAGCCUGCAGUCGUGCAGUGGAAGUUCAAGUCCUACUGCCAGGAUCGCAUGGGAGAAUCCUUGGGCAUGUCCUCUCCCCGGGCACAGUCUCUCAGCAAAAGAAACCUGGAAUGGGAUCCCUACUUGGAUUGUUUAGACAGCAGGAGGACUGUUCGAGUGGUAGCUUCAAAACAGGGCUCAACCGUCAACCUGGGAGAUUUCUACAGGGGCAGGGAGAUCACGAUUGUUCAUGAUGCAGAUCUUCAAAUUGGGAAACUCAUGUGGGGAGACAGCGGACUCUACUACUGUAUUGUCACUACCCCUGAUGACCUGGAGGGCAAAAACGAGGACUCGGUGGAACUGCUGGUGCUGGGCAGGACAGGGCUGCUUGCUGAUCUCUUGCCCAGUUUUGCUGUGGAGAUUAUGCCAGAGUGGGUGUUUGUUGGCCUGGUGAUCCUGGGAGUCUUCCUCUUCUUCGUCCUGGUGGGGAUCUGCUGGUGCCAGUGCUGCCCUCAUAGCUGCUGUUGCUACAUCCGCUGCCCAUGUUGCCCAGAUUCCUGCUGCUGCCCUCAGGCCUUGUAUGAAGCAGGGAAAGCAGCAAAGGCUGGGUACCCUCCCUCUGUUUCCGGUGUCCCUGGCCCUUACUCCAUCCCCUCUGUCCCCCUGGGAGGAGCCCCUUCAUCUGGCAUGCUGAUGGACAAGCCGCAUCCACCUCCCCUGGCACCAAGUGACUCCACUGGAGGAAGCCACAGUGUUCGCAAAGGUUACCGGAUCCAAGCUGACAAAGAGAGAGACUCCAUGAAGGUCCUGUACUAUGUCGAGAAGGAGCUGGCUCAGUUUGAUCCAGCCCGAAGGAUGAGAGGCAGAUAUAACAACACCAUCUCAGAACUCAGCUCCCUGCAUGAGGACGACAGCAAUUUCUGCCAGUCUUACCAUCAGAUGCGAAGCAAGCAGUUCCCUGUGUCCGGGGACUUGGAAAGCAAUCCUGACUACUGGCCAGGUGUCAUGGGAGGCAGCAGUGGGGCAAGCCGGGGGCCCUCAGCCAUGGAGUAUAACAAAGAGGAUCACGAGAGCUUCAGGCACAGCCAGCAGCGCUCCAAAUCCGAGAUGCUGGCCCGGAAGAACUUCGCCGCCGGCGUGCCGGCCGUCUCCAUGGACGAGCUGGCGGCCUUCGCCGACUCCUACGGCCAGCGGACCCGCCGGGCCGAGGGCAACAGCCACGAGGCCCGGGGCGGGGGCCGCUUCGAGCGCUCGGAGGCGCGGGCGCCCGGGGGCUUCUACCAGGACGGCUCGCUGGAGGAGUACUACGGGCCGCGGAGCCGCAGCCGCGAGCCGCUGACCGACGCGGAGCGCGCCUGGGGCUACAGCCCCCCGCGCCGGCGGCCGCCCGAGGACGCGCCCCUGCCGCGCCUGGUGAGCCGCACGCCGGGCGCGGCGCCCAAGUACGACCACGCGUACCGCAGCGGCGCGCUGGAGCGCCAGGCGCGGCCUGAGGGCGCCAGCCGCGGCGGCAGCCUGGAGACGCCGUCCAAGCGGAGCGCGCAGCUCGGCCCGCGCAGCGCCUCCUACUACGCCUGGUCGCCCACCGCCACCUACGAGGCGGGCGCGCCGCGGGCCGACGAGGAGGACGCGCCCGACGACGCGCUGCCGCCCUACAGCGAGCGCGAGCUGAGCCGGGGCCCGUCCUACCGCAGCCGCGAGCUGCCCUACCACGGCAACUCGGAGAAGAGGAGGCAGGAGCCCGCCAAGAAAACCAGUGAUUUUCCAACCAGGAUGUCCCUUGUGGUCUGAUAUUUGUUUUGAAGACGUCUCUCUGGAUGACUAGAAAUCAGAAGCAGACUACAGGGACAAGACACAAAUCCACGAGCCAGCAGGCCUGGGACUUUCUCUGGCCACCAUCUUGGGAGAUCUGCCAGUCUUUGCUUUGGUAAGGGAUGAGGGGCAGCCUUUAAGGGAGGCUGAUUCCAAACCUCAGUGCCCAUCUAACUAGUUUGAGAAACUUAUCAAGAAAACAGCUACAUGUGAGAACAUUGCCACACAUGGAAUUUCUCACCCACAGAGUUCAUCCUGCCCAGUCUCCUUCCCUAGCUGAACCAGGAUUCCUUUUCCAAUUCUUAAAGGGAGUUAGCUCUGGACUGCUAAUCUCCAGAAGAUGCCUAUGCCUACAGUAUGCUUUUCUGUACCUCCCAUGCUGUGCUUAGGGAUAGAAGAAUUUAUUACUACUAUUAGCAGAAGGCCUUCUACUGACAACAGAAGAUAACAUCAGGCAAAAUAUACUUUUUAUCCCCAUCACCUCCCAGUCACUAGUCAAUGACUGUUGUUACACUAAAAUCAGAAGGCCUUUGGUGAACUCAGUGACAGUGACCUGCUGAACAAUCACAGAAAUGACUUCAAUUUGCUGUUCUGAUUGACAGUUCUUGAAUGGCUGGAACAAAACAAAAGAGAGUAUACCUUUUUGAAAAGCCAAGUGGUGUUUCUUUUUCCAUUCUGAGAACAUAAACUGCUUUUUCUCUUUCUGCUGUACACGGUGAUGUCUGAGUCUUGGAGACUAAGGGCUCUCCUCGUCCUCCCCCUCCUGGGCUUUCCACAGCUUGGUGCCACACACAGAGCCCCCCCUCCCCCUGCACUCUGAUUAGGUUGUCAUCAGGUGCCUUUUGAUAAAUGCUUAAAAUACACAUGAAAGAAAAGAGAGAGAAAAAGAGGAGAAAGCAGUAAUGCAGAAGACUGAAAUAGAGAAUGAAAAAGAAUUUAAGAGGAAAAGAAUAUAUGGUCUCAUUGUAUUUCGAAUGUGGCCCGUUUUCCCCACAAACUCCACCUGAUCUUCUCUGGUUUUGAACUUCAUUUACCAUGACUUGUUUCUGCCCUCCCAGCCCUGCCAUUUCAGGACACCGGAGAUGUGGAGCAUGCAUCUCUUGGCCUCACCAGGCUGCCACUCUAGAUGCUUUUGAGAGAUGAGAGGUAUUGCUUCCUCAGGAAGGAGCACUUCCUAUUCGCACUCUUGCCUAAAUGAUAGAUUUUGCCUAAAUCCCAAAACUAGAUCUCUCUGGAUUUUGUAAUUUGUAUAGAUUGCAAAAAACGGCCACAAACUCUUCCCUUCUCAUCAAGAGGUACGGUCUGUUUCUCCACCCUUGAACUUGGGAUUGGUGGUGUGAUUUGAUUUGGCCAGUGGCCCAAUAACAAAUGUGACACAAGCAGAGACUUGAAAAAUUCUUGUGUAUGGGGCUUGUCCUCUGUUGCUGCUCUUGGGAAUCUUGCAGUCACUACCAGGUGAACGAGCCUGGGCUGUCCUGCUGCAUGAUGAGAGAAAAGGGCCUAGUCACCCCUGUCGCCCUAUCUGACAGCCUGUCAACUCUCAGCUGAUGCAAACAUAGAAGCGAGCCCAUCCAAGACCAACAGAAGAACUGCCUAGCUGAGCCCAGCCCAAAUUGCUGAUUCCAACUCAAGGUGUGAAAAGUUGGUAUACUCCUUAAAUGUUCAUUUCUCUUCAAGGAAAAACUGACUUUUUCUUCUUCUCUGAAUGUUCAGCUCUGAAUCUCUGACUCCAUUACCUUAGGUCUCUCACAGUCACCACUUUGUCAAAGCUUUUCACCCCACACUUUGGUCAAAUCACUGGAGGACAAGGAUGUUUGGCCUCGCUAACCCCCCACUCCCAGUAGUGGUCCGUUCUCUGUCUAUAUAUCCAUGGACAACCUCUGAAGAAGGUUUCUUCUUCAGCAUCUCCUUGGUCUUCUCCAGAGCCACCUGAUUGGAGCUAGGCCCUGUUCUCAGAGUAUCAUUCCACUGGUAUCCGUUUACUUUAUGGCAUUCUAGAACAGUCCUACGUGUGCAAUGAAAUAAGAGGCUGGGUGAGGGUCAGAGGGAUGAGUUGAUAUCAUUGCCUGGAGGAGAACUGACCGACCCGAGGACUUCACAGUGGCUUUGGCCUGUCCGAGAGGAACCCGAGGACAGUUCAGCCCAGUGCUGGCACUUCCAAGGGCUGGAAGACACAAGCCAUAACCCUGGUGCUGAGUUUUAGACUUGCUGGUGUCCCUGGCUUCUGAAAGCCUAGGUCUAUUCUGCCUGUUUGGGCCCCAAUUCAGAUGGAAAAGAGGAUUAAAACAUCAUUUCUUAGUCACCAGCUUUGGGUUUCAACUUGCUCAGGCAAUUUUGGAGAAUAUUGGGUAGCUGCAGUAGCUAUUAUCUCUUUAUACUGAGCACUGUGUCUGGCUUCUCACCACCAAAGAGCCCCAUAGCACCAGCUGCAGAGGCCACAAACAUUGCUUUUAUUAGCCGGGGGCAUGUAUGAUUUUGGUGAAGGUUGAGGGGAGCAAUGGGAAAGAAUUAUUAAAAUUGGAAACCUGCAAUUCUAAAGACAACGAAACUACAGACAGACGGUAAAAAACGCAAAGAAAAUAACAGGCUACUGAAAUAACCUGGGGAGAUGGGACCAAGUUGUCCUCCGUGGGGCUGCAUAAAUCACUCAGACUUCCAGAGAGAGAAAGCAGUUGUUUCUGGGGAGGUGGACAGGAGAUAAGGCUGGACAAGUACAGGCAAAGCUGUCCAUCCUCAGCACCUCAGCUCUUCUCUUCACGACCUUUUCUUUCUUCUCCCCUGAAUAGUGUACCCUGCGUAGGAAGUGCUUGUACAUGUCAGCUUCCUUCCUAGGUUUUAUUGGGGUACAAAAUAAGUCUCGUGUAACACAUGGUCUCUGUCCAUGGGACCCUGCAAUUCAAUUGGGGAAAUAAGACAUGCCCAGGAAAGAAUUAGGAGAUUUUAUGCAUAUAAUAUGAAAUAUUGCUAUGGAUAAAUUAAAAAAACCCAGAGAAUUGAAGUUUUUUUUAUUUAAAUGGGUAUAUUUUGAUAUUUGUGUUGUGUGUGUUUGUCCAUCCAUCCUAUUUAAAGAUGUGCUCAGUAAUCUGAAAAGCCAAUAUUAAAAAAUCUGAACUGAAAGAGGUGAGUUAGGAUGAGGAGGGGUGGGAGGCAGAGGGCCCAGUGGGAUGAUGCAUGAGCUGCUGUGUUUGUGAGUCACAGCUGAGUCAGGGACGUGUUGGGUGAGGGGGUGUGGACGCAGGUGGCAGGAGGGGUCCCCUGGUAGAUGAACUGCUUCUCUAGGCCAUGCAUUGACUCAUUAGGAAGCUGGGGACACUUGCCAUGGACCUGGUGGUUUGUGUCAGCUGUUCCGCCCCAGUGUGCUCCCAGGAGAGCUCUACGUCAGCCUCUCCAGGGGCUCAGUUCUGCAGCCGUAAGUGUGGCUGCCCUCCUCACUAACACAGGAAAAGUCUGGCGGAGAUGAUGGGCCCCUCAUCUCCCUUCUCGUGAGCCUCACUCUGCACCUGGCACAGGACCGUGCAAACCAGGGGUGGGAAGCGGCUGCCACUCUGGCCCAAGGCACUCUUUGCUAAAAACACCAAGCCACAUCUGUAAAUAUUUCUAAAUGGGCUGAAAGACUUCAUACAGGUAAUCUGAUUAGACCUUAGGCAGCCUUGGAGAGAGACUGCAGUCACAGAUAUUGUUGUAAUCCACUCCCCCCACCUCCUUUAUAGAUGGAGAAAUGAACUAUCGCUGCCAUUAGUGAAGUCACAGACCUAAUUAGGUCAUUACUCCAAGCCUACACAUCUUUUCUGCUGGAUUGAUGUUUCCCCAAAUUGCCUAACUGUGUGAAUUACUUGAUUGCUGUGAAAAAUGUAUUGUUGGGCCCUGCCUUGGGGAUGGAUUGGGUGGGUGUGGAGCUAGGAUUUGUACUUUUGACAUGUAUUUCAGGAGAUUCCUGUGAUCAGAUGCAUUUGGGAAAUGCUGUACUAGGUCAUACCCGUGGUGUACCCCAAACAAUUGGUCCUGAGGCUUCCUUGGGCUUUGAAAUUUUUUCUUCAAAUGUCCUGGUGAGGUUCCUCUUACUCCCUUGGGGCUGGCAGGGAUGAAGCACCCAGCAGUCUGGCUGUGAUGUUGGUGACUGGCUCACCAGGGCCCAGGGGCAGGAGAACUGUGUGAGAAAGGAGAGCUAGGAGCACUCCCCAGGAGCCUGUUCUAGAUGUUUCCAAUCCUGGAUUAGUGAUCUGUUGUGACAAUCUCAGAUCUGACAACAAGAAUUACAGGUAAUUUUCUCAUUCCCUUGAUGCCAUUCUGAGCAAAACUUAGAUCAUGAAUAGAAAGAAAAGAGACGGUUGGGGAAAUGGCAAAAAUAAAUCACUUUUUGAAGCAUUCAAAUUAUCAGUUUGGCUGGUCAACAGCCACUUCCACCUCAAGACCCAAAGUGGGGUGGGCAAGAAUAAUAAAGUCUACAUUAUGUAUUCUUCCAACGUCAGAUUUAAAUGCUGUCAGAAUCUUACAGGAGUUUGAAACUGGUUUAUAGGAUGUAGAGAUCCAAAUUCACCAAAAUAGGGGCCCAGGGUCUUAAAGUCCUAGCAGAAAAAAGUGCCUAGUUUUUUUUCUGCCGGGAUCCUACAUCCUAGUCGCCUGGGCAGCUGAUCAGUGAAGCUCGAAGCACGGGGCUUUAACAUCUGAGUGGAGUGAGGGUAACGUGGAGCAGCUUUAAGCAGCAGCCUGAGCUUCAGCACUGCCCGAGGGUGAUGCGAAGGUCAAUACUGCUCAUACUUGUAUUAUUUUAUGGUGUAUUACUGUUUACAGACCACUUUCACAUGCAUGAUCUCAUUUGAUCCUCACAACAACCCCUGUGAUAGAGGCAGAGUGGAUGUUGUGGCCCCAUCAAACAGAAUGUAAAACUGAGGUUGAAAAGAUUUGCCUAUAGUCAAAUGACUUUGAAAAUUAUAGAGCCAGGCCUUCUGACUGUCUGUCUAGGGUUCUUUCCAAUCCCUACAAUACCUGAGGGAUUGGAAUCUGGCUGAUUCUCCUCACAGCCAAACGUCUGGUGAGAAGAGUCCUGGCCUCGAAGCUCACUCAUAUGUCAUGGGUGCAGUGAGGCUGUGAAGACAGACACUGUAGCUGCUCCAUCCAACCAAGCACCUGUCCUCAAAUGCAGCUCCAGGAGGGCAUCAGCUGUGCUCAAGGAGAGUUGCACUUUCAUGAGCCGUGCUGUGAGGGGAGAAGGCUUUGAUAAAAAUGUGCUUCUGAUGUUAGAGUCCUUCCUGAAGAGGAAUUUCUGAGCCACACUGCAAAUUCAUCUGGACUCAGAAUUCCAAGGUUUGGGGUGACCUGCUCAGGAGUGAACUAUCUGGCAUCUUCACUGCAUUUGGGGAUUUUAGGUAGAACUAGAGGGGCCAGAUGUAGAGGGAGAUGAUGCAGCAGUUUAUUUCAAAGCUUUCUAAGAGUUUCUUGGUGGGGCUAGACACAGGUCAAUGUGUUCUGACGCAUUUCUUCUGGGAAGGCUAAAAGAAACACAGCUUCUCUCUUAUCUUGGCUUUAAGGAAAAGCCACUUUAUUAGCAAAGGUAUUAGACACAAUUCCCCGUGAGAAUCUUCCUUGUGGAAAUGAAGAAGGGAAUAGAAGGAACAAUGGGACAAAGAGGGGUCAGAAAUCUGCUUCCUGACAGUCACCUGCCCAGUUGUUUUUGUGCCUUGUCUGUGGCAUCAAAACUGAAAUGUUUGUAUCACUGUUGCCCAUGAUUUUUUUCAGUGUCAAACAUACAAAGUGAAUUUGGUUGUAAUGUUUUAAACUAAAUAAAACAUUU